GCGUGCCUGGCCCUCCGCGCCCAAUUCACACACAUACACUCUCCCAUUCUUUCACCUGACAGGAAAAAAAACGAACAUAUUUCUUUGACAUCAUCUCUAGCAUUCCCCGAAAUCCCUUCUAAAGAGAAACAGCAUUAAAGCAAAACCUCAGGUGCAGCCUGAAGGAGGUACUGGCAGAACUCGUAGGAUGGACGGUCCAGCCCAGAGGGCAGCCAGAUACCAAAUUUCAGAGGUCAUAUUUGGAGCAGUGGCUCCCGAAGUGAUUGAAGAUGCCUUCCUUAACAUGGCCAGAGAUAAUGAGAGCCGUUUGAAUGAGCUCUGCAGGGAGACAGGCUGCUUUAAGGAGACAAAAAUACCGGAGUUUGUCUUCCUUUUAUCUGAAAAAUGGAACCUGACUGAAGCUGCAAGAUACGAAGCAAUUGAAUUAUUUGAAAGGUUCAUGCUCACCUUAACUGAAGAAGUCUCAAAUUGCUCCAGAGCGAAGGAGGAAGGCAGCAACCUGGAUUCAGUGAAACAGCAAAUUGAGGAGACAUAUAUACUACGCCUAGUCUCAUGCAUCCAGCUUGCCAGCAAGCUCUCCUUCCACUACAGUAUUGUUAAUAACAGCAUGGUUUUGAAGUUUCUGAAGUCCUUGGGUUUCUCCUAUACAAAAGAAGAAUUGCUAGAAUCAGAAUUGGCUAUUUUGAAGGCUUUGCACUUUCAGAUAAAUGUUCCUACCCCUUCUGGUUAUGUUGAGAUGCUCCUGGAGGUUUUAGGAUACAAUGGCUACUUGCUUCCCACAAAACAACUUCAGGACAUGUGCAAACAUUUGCUGAGCUUAACAUACCUCUUGCGGAGCAGCAUUUAUGAGACUUUACUGAAAUCCUCCAUUGAAAACCCAUCUCCAAGUGACCUGCAGCUAGCCAUGUUUGUGUCUGUAAAGGAAGAUCUCAUGUUACUGGCUGUUGGAGUCAUUGGUGCCAGCUCUUUCUUGCUGAAUCCUGAGAGCUGGAAUCAGGUUGUGAAAUACCUCAGUGACACCACAGGCAUCAGCAUGCAGAGCAUUGUGGAGGCCAUCUAUGCAAUUUUGAAGCACAGCAUUGGUAAUGUGGGAGACAACGACUAGAAAUCUUCCCCAGUGCAGGUGGGGUCAUCCAGCAGCAGGUUGCCACAUUUCACAUGCCUAGGGGGCUCUUAGAGAUCAUGGCUUCUUGGGUGCAGAAAAAGACAGCAUUCCCACUCAUAGUUCAAAAUUUUAAAUGGGUGUUUCAUGGGCUACAGUUUGCAUAACAUAAUUGUUUGGGAUAGGGCUGAAAAAUUUCAAGGACCUCCAACCCCUUCCUCCUGCCAGCUCUUAACGACUCAGAUUUCUGCAAAUGCUGUUAAAGAGCUGUGGCUGCUCCGGACAAACACGGACUGUGUGUUUUGCCGAGACAUAAGAUGUAUUUAUUUUGAAAGUCUUGUUGGAGGUG